AUGAAGUUAGUUGGGAGUAUAUUCCAUGUAAUAUCAUGGCUGGUGGUCUUUGGCUGUCUCUCCGCCUCCUUAAGAGCCGAUUUGGACUAUCGUGGUGCCCUCACGAAGUCGAUCAUCUUCUUGGAGGCACAGCGAUCGGGGAAGCUCCCCGCAACCAACCGAGUCCCGUGGAGGGGAGAUUCUGCCCUCGACGAUGGCAAACUCGAUAAUGUUGACCUAGCAGGAGGCUACUAUGACGCGGGUGACAACGUCAAGUUCGGCCUCCCGAUGGCCUUCACAGUGACAACCCUGGCCUGGGCGGGCAUACACUACCGCGUGGAGCUCCAAGCGGCCGGGGAGAUGGCCAAUGUCCGGGCGGCCAUCCGAUGGGGGACGGACUACCUCCUCAAGGCGAGCGCCCAGAAGAACAAACUCUACGUGCAGGUCGGGGAUCCCAACAAGGACCACGCCUGCUGGGCCAACCCCGAGAACAUGGAAACCCCCCGGACGGUCCUCAAGGUCGACCCGUCCAACCCGGGCACGGAGAUCGCGGCCGAGACCGCCGCGGCCCUAGCCGCCUCCUCCAUCGUAUUCAAAGACCUCGACCGGGCCUACGCGGGCGUCCUCACCACCAGAGCCAAAGCACUAUAUGAUUUUGCAAAGACUUAUAAAGGAAGCUUCAAUGGAGAAUGCCCUUUCUACUGCUCUCACUCUGGCCCUAAUGAUGAGCUGCUGUGGGGGGCGGCGUGGCUAUACUACGCAACCAAAAUGCCGGUAUACCUUGAUUAUGUAAAAGGAGAGGCAAAGAGCGCCCAAGUCUCGGAAUUCAGCUGGGAUCUCAAAUACGCUGGAGCACAGAUCCUUCUCUCUCAAUUCUACAUGGAGGGGGACAAGGAUUUGAAGAAAUACAAAGAGGAGGCUGAUGGCUUUGUCUGCUCAAAUAUACCAGAAAGCCCUAAUCACCAAGUUUUCAUCACACCAGGGGGGAUGAUUAAUUUGAGAGACGGGGCGAAUUCACAAUAUGUGACCGGCGCCGCCUUCCUCUUUAGCGUCUACAGCGACCUUCUCGCCAAGAGCAAGGAUAAGGUCUACUGCGGCGGCACGCAGAUCGAGCCCGACAAACUCGCCGCCUUCGCCAAGAAACAGAUGGACUAUCUACUUGGCCGGAAUCCUGAAAAUAGGUCUUACAUGGUUGGAUUCGGGAAGAAUCCACCAACACAAGCUCAUCACAGGGGUGCAUCCAUCCCGAAGCUGCCCAAGGGCGAGAAGGUCGUUUGUUGGUCAAGCUUCGGGAAGUAUUUGCACCCGGAUAAACCAAACCCUAACGAGCUCACUGGGGCCAUUCUUGGUGGGCCCAACAAGAACGACAAAUUCGAGGACAAGCGGGAUAAAUCCUCGUUUACUGAGCCAUGCACCUACAUCAACUCAUUGGCGGUUGGUGCGUUAGCCAAGCUUGCUAAACCUCAUGCCAAAGUUUAAAUCAUCGAGGCAUGUAUAGUGCCGCGUUCGAGGCUCUUGACAUAGAUGCUAGACAUAAUAAGUUCUAGGAGUAUAUUGAUUUUUAGGUGCAUUUUUUUUAUAGUUCCUCCCUUCGUCCCUUAACAAUAGUAUGUAUUUUAA